AUGACUAAGCGAUUCCACGAAUUGCGCCAGGAACUCGCGACAAUGCUUAUCCCUAAGGACGACCGCAAGAAGAUCCACGAGUACCUCUUCCGCGAGGGUGUGCUCGUGGCCAAGAAGGACUUCAACCUUCCCAAGCACGGUGACAUUGACACCAAGAACCUUUACGUCAUCAAGGCUCUUCAGUCCCUGAACUCCCGUGGCUACGUCAAGACCCAAUUCUCGUGGCAGUACUACUACUACACCCUCACCCCCGAGGGUCUGGACUACCUGCGCGAAUGGCUCCACCUCCCCGCUGAGGUUGUCCCUGCUACCCACAUCAAGCAGCAGCGCUCUCACGCUCCCCCUCGCGGCAUGCUCGGCGGUGAGGAGCGCGAGCGCCGUCCCCGUGCUCCCCGUGAGGGUGGCUACCGCCGCCGCGAAGAGGGUAAGGAGGGUGGUGCUCCCGGCGAGUUCGCUCCCCUCCUUCCGUGGUGGCUUCGGCCGUGGCCGCGGUGCCCCCCAGCAGUAAGGGCGAGGCCUUUAGUGUCCUUUCAUCCGCUGCUUCGGUCUUCCUAG